AAGGCAUCAGAGGAAGCAGCACACCUUGAAUUCAGACAAAAAACAAUAAAGCCUAAUUUCACAAAAGGGACUAAUUCAAAUCUACAACACAAUGUUAAUGCGGUCUCAUUCAGAGAGAAGACCCCUACCUGGGUUCUCAGCCCUGCUGACAAACACUACUCCAAAACGGAAAGAAAAUAUCUCCCCUCCAUCCCUGUCCCUCACACCCCGGCAGUCUGUCUUUGCACCCAUAUCUCUCACGCCACCACCUCCCUGGGUGACUCAGGCUCUGUCCAACCUCGAGCAAGGAGAACGAGAACUGCAAUCCCUCAGGGACCGACAGCAGAGCGAGGUGGAGGAGGUGAACCGUGAGUUGGACAAUGCAGUGAUUAAAGCUCAGAGAGAGGAGCGGCGCCUUCUUGAGAAGAUUGAACAGGACCACAGAGAAUCCCAGCGCCAUCUUAGUCAACUGAAGAGGGAAAAUGCUGCAGCGGUGAGAGUUGUGCAGUCACUUGUUGACCAGCAGCUUAGAAAAAUGGGACAACUUAUGGAACAGGUAAAAAGGUGGGGCAGUACUGCUGGUGAAGCCAACAAAAAUCAGCUCCAAAAAGGAGUGGCCGAGGUCACCCAACCUUGGGAAAUCUCACUAACCAUGAAAAGAGUCAGUUUCUUACCAAGUCCUGGGUCCAAGACCCUGAGUUUAGGGGAAGUAGAUGUCCAUGAGCAAUGUAUGACAUACCCCAUUGGUGUCUGUGGUGUUCAAGGACAGAAGUGUGCCUUGCACUCAGGGGACACAACCUUUUCAAACCUUACCCCUCUUGAAAUUCGAAAGGAACCACAACCAAACAGAGUUGGACAAAGAGAUGAGACCAGUAAGACAAACCCUGGUUCUAUGCGCGUUGUCAGGAAACUGUGUCUGUCAAGUUCUACAGAGAAUGAGGAUGAGCUCAAGUCCCCUACUCUAAGAAAUCGUGGCAUAUCUGAAUCUUCUCAAGAUGAAGAACUGGAAUCUGUUUGUUCAGACACACAAGGACAAGACCUUUUCCUUGCUGUCCCGCCAGUCUCCAGUCAAGGAGAAUCUGAAGGUGAUGAAUCUGAUGGCCGACAAAGCAGAACAGAGAAGCUCUCCACACUGAAGUGUGAGAUGAAGCAGAAAACCUUUGUCUUGGUCUCAAGUGAGGAACCUUCCUAUCCUCCAGAAGAAUCUGAUGAAACAAGCUGUGAUGUUGCAGUAUCCCCAGAAAUCGCACGCAAAAGUUCAGUCUCCAAAUGCAGUCUUGAUCUCUCCUCUGGACAUCGUCUUCUUUCUCAACAAACCUUUUCUAAGACAAAGAACACAAAAGAUGCAGUGCUAGAUAGUGGAAGCCCUCCAUCACCAGUAGAUAGUGAGGAUUCUUGUUACACCUAUACUGUAAAUACUCCAAUCAAUGGAUCACUUAAGCGAGACCGGAGUCGCUCAAUGUCUACUGCUGAUCUUCCCGGUAAACUACGCCCUUUAGUUAGUGGAGACAAGAGUGAGCGCAAAGGAAUCAGGAAGGUGAACAGAAUGCGACUUGCCUCUGAAACUUCUGCUCUUGAACAACCCCAGGGAAACAGCCUUGAAUCUGACCAGAACAACACAAGCUCAAAUAAACGACAAUCAAGGUCCCAGACUCGUGUUACAAAAGGCUCAGGUUUAAACCAUGUGAGCAGAUCUCUGUCCAUGUCAGCUAUUGAAGGUGACAAAUUAGACAAAGAACCACAGCCACACAACACAGACAAAGAGAAAGUUGUACCAGCUCUGAGAGACCUGGAGGAAGAGGGUGGAUCAACUGCACUGGACUCAGCUUAUCUGGUCAAACAAUUUGGAAAACAAGGAUCAGGCCGCACUGAUUUCAAUCUGCCAAGCGGCGUCCAUGCAUCCAUCAAAGGGCAGCUAUUUGUCGUUGACUGUGGAAAUGCCCGCAUUCAGGUGACUGAUCUCCAAAAGAAUGUUGUACAGCAGGUGACCCCUUCAGGAUCCGAAAGGUCUUCACGUAUCUGCAAUUAUUUUGAUGUAGCUGUGAACUCAAAGGGCCUCAUUGCACUGACCUGUGCUGCUGAACGUGCUUUGUUGGUGUUUAGCCGCCAUGGGCGCCUCCUUCAAACAUUUGGAGGAAUAAUGAUUGGUACCACCAAUGAAGAGCUGGACGCCCCAAGAGGAGUAACUGUUACCCGUGAAGAUGAGUUCCUGGUUGCUGACAUUAAGCAUGGAACUUUAACUGCCCUACAACUGGACCCUAAAACUGGGGCCAGGUUGGAACGCACUGUAGUGACUGGGUACCACAGACCCUACCUGGUGGCGGCCUGUCUCACCAGUGGGCUCAUGGCAGUAUCAGAACGAGGAAAUGAGACUGGACGAGUCCCAUGUAUCCGUGUCCUGGACCCAAGCUGGACCACUAUCCGAAUCCUGGGGGUGUGUUCUGGCUUGGGGCCUGUCCUGACAUGUCCUUGGGGCCUGUCUAUUGACAGCGAUGGGGAUGUCCUGGUGACAGACUGGGGCAAGCAGCAGCACCGUGUGCUUUUCUACCCAUCCAAGGGUGUUGGCUGGCCUCUAGUAAGUGAUAAUCUCAGCAGCCCAAGAGGUCUGGCACUGCUCCCUGAUGGUCAUGUGGUCAUUUCAGACAGUAUGAAUCAUUGCAUCAAGAUCUACCGCUACAAAUGAACUACAGAGGAAGGUGGCAAAUGGAUAUAUAGAGAAUUAUGGAUAGAUUUCAUUGGGUUUUUAUUUGUAACAUCAAGUUAUAGCCCUUGGAAAUGUAUAGAGUGAAUUUCUUUGAAAACAAUUUACAGCCUCUACCUCUUGAGAUAAUUGUGUUAAAACCUUAUUAUUUUCCUCAUUAUGAUAAUCAUUCAGUGCUAGGAUAGAGUAGAAUGUUAGCGCACAUAGUUUUUAUUACUCUUAUACAACACAGAAAGUAUACAUGUACCUGAUAUUAUAUGAAUGCUUUUAAAGUGACCUUCAGACUUUCUAGUUUGGUGAACUACACUUAAUUGUACCUGAGUGACAUUUUGAAAUUUUGAAAUAUUCCAAAAGAUUUAGUUAAUUGGUAAUCAUGACAAGUUUGAAAACUGUAAGUCACAGAUCAAAGAGUUUAGUGUGCUUAAGAUUGGGAGGGGUAUGCAGA